AUGGAAUUCUACCCCGAACUAAAAACACAUCUUGCAAAUACUUUAGCAAUAGAAUCAUAAGUUAGAAAGUAAUCUGAAAAUGAAAUCAGAAAUUGUAGAGAUACAGACCCAAGAAAAUUCCUAGCUUCUCUUACCAAAGAGUUGGCUGACGAAACCAAUCCCGACUAGGUGAGAUUAAUGUCUGCAGUACUAGUCAAGAACUUUAUUGCAAACAAAGGAUCAGACUAAAGAUAUCAAGAUUAUUGGAUCAAAUUAGAUGCAAAUUUUAAGGAGCAAUUAAAAACUGCAUUUUUGGGAUGUUUGGCUACCUAAUCAUUAAUUGUCAGAAAGCAGGUAGCUAGUGCAAUUGCUAUGAUCGCCAGUAUUGAAAUUCCAAGAAAUGAAUGGAUUGAUUUGAUACCAAAUUUGUCAGGCAAUGCUGCUCAUGACUCCAUUGAAAUCAGAGAAGCAUCCCUUGAAACUCUUGGGUUUAUUUGUGAGGAGCUUCAACCAUGCGACCUUACUCCAGAACUAAAGAACUUUAUAGUUUAAGCCUUAGUUAGAAAUUUAUCUGCAGAUGCCUCUUUGACAAAAACAACUUUAUUAGCUGCUAAAGCAUUUUUCUUAGCUCUACCUUAUGCAAGCAACAACUUUAAAGUAGAUGGAGAGAGAGAUUAUAUAAUGGCUAGAAUAUUUGAGUUAUUGACUUUGGAAAAUGAAGAAAUUAGAGUGAUUGCCAUGUAAACUUUAGUUGAGGUUGGAAGAUAAGAGUAUGAGUUUAUAAAGUUUUAUUUCCAAAAGAUCUGCGAAGUAACAGCGCUUGCUGCCAAGUCAGAUUUAGAAAGAUUAGGAGCACAAGGAAUAGAAUUUUGGACAUCUCUUGCUGAGGAAGAGGCUCAAAGGAUUAAAAAGAAUGCAUUUGUUAACAAUUACAUCUAGCAAUGCUGCCAAUAGUUGGCACAUUUAUUGAUAGAAUGCAUCUAGAAGGUAAACAUUUAAGAUGAUGAAGAAGAUAUUGACGAAUUCGGAGUUGCCCUCUCAGCUGGAUGCUGUUUAGGAGCCAUUUCAGUUGUCGUGGGAAACGAGAUUAUGGAGCCAGUUUUGGGAUUCGUGAGUACUAAUAUCUAAAAUCCUGAGUGGAUAAAAAGAUAUUCAGCAUUGCUUGCUUUGGGAGCUAUUACUGAGGGACCUGAUAAGAUUAGAUUUAUGAAUGUUAUCAUUCCAGGAAUUCAAAAUUUGAUAUAAAUGUUCUAAGACUAGCAUCCAAAGGUCAGAGAGACAAUUGGAUGGGUAAUGUAAAAAAUAUGUGAGUCUCAUUCAGAUGUUAUUACAAAUCCAACAAUUCUGCCAGUUAUCAUUCCAGUAUUUAUUCAGGCCUUACAAGAUAAACCUAGAAUUUCAAAUUAGGUCUGCAGGGCUAUUGAAUAUCUAUCCUACUCUUGUGGAGGUUCUGAUCCUUUCUAAGCUCAAAACUAUUUGACACCAUUUUUCAAGCCACUGUUUGACUCUCUUUUCUAAAAUGCUCACAGAACAGACUUUGAUGGAACUCAGUGCAAUCUUGCCUUAUCUAGUUUUUCAGCUUUACAAGCACUUUGUGAGAAUGCUGCUGUAAAUUCAUAUGAUUAACUUUACAACACUCUACUUCCAGUUCUUUAGUUGAUUGAAUAGACAAUGAACACAGCAGUUCAUGGAGAAAUCAAAAGUAAAGAGUUCUAAGAUUACUUGACAGGUCUAUUGUAAAUUAUUCUUGUGAAAGUUGGAAACAAAGUAGAUAACAUCACUGCAUCAAACAUUAUCAAGUUAAUAGUCAUGAUCUUCCAGAACUAAAAGAAGGUAACAGAGAAUGGGCUAAUUGCGCUUAGUGGUUUGAUAAAUGGAGUUGCGGAUAGAGUGGAUAUUAAUGAGUUCGGAAGUUACUUGGUAUUUGCUCUAAAGGGCACUGAUGAUGAAUGCGUCAGACUUGGGUGCGGUAUUGUUUCCGACUUAGCUUGCGCAUUCAGAGAAUAAAUUGCUUCAUAUCUUCAAGACUUUGUGCCACCUCUUAUCUAAAUCUUGAAAGAUUCCAAUCAAGAUAGGCAUUCAAAACUUUAAGCCCUUGUUGCUCUUGGAGAUCUUGCCAUGUGCGCAGGACAGUAAUUUAGCAACAAUUACUUAAUUGAUACUCUCAAGAUUCUAGAGAGCGCUUCAAAAUAAAGUCUAAGUUCUGUUUCUGAUGAUGCUGACCCAGAUCUAUACACCUAUCUUAGAUAGCUUAGAGUAUAAAUUGUUGAGUGCUACACCACAGUUGUGCACGGUGUUCAUCAAUUACAGCAUAAACAAUACUUGGCCUAGUUUGUGCCCAACAUCAUGGUAUAUCUUCAAUAGCUACUUGAAAAAACCUACAGUCCAUCACUUGUAAGAAAUAAUUUGCUUUAUAAAUAUAUUAGGAACUAUAAAAGAGCAUUCUUGGCUUGA